AAGAGGUCUAUAACGGCGUUUUUAAAAUGUCGUUAUAUGUCAAACGUUAAUAUUUUAUUUACAUGGUAUUUUGUACCCCAACAGUUCAUAUCAGGAGUCUCAUGUCUGGCAUUGAAUGUGUGAUGGUACUUUACCCAAUAUCUCAUUGAAACGUCAAUGAUGAUUGUCUUAAUAAACUCAUAUUUGAUAAGGUUGUGGAAAACAGUAUGGCAAAGGUUGAAACCGAUCAAUUUGAGGGGUCUUAAGGAGAAAAGUCUUUUAUGUUGAUGCAAUUUUUUCUUGUAUAUAUAUAGAGGUGGUACAGAUUUUUCUUUGAUUUUCACCUUUAUUACCAGUGUAUAUCACUUUUCUUUCUACUUUUGAUGGGAAAUAUUGUGUUGAUUGCUGAUUGUUUCUUGCAUAUAUAUUACAUCUUAGAAUUGUGCCUUGUAAGUUGAGGUUUUUAAUUUUUUUACUCUUUAAUUGUGUCCCCACUAUUUCGGCACAUACAGUAACAACUCAAAAUAAAAUACCCCUCUUGAGAAGGUUCUCAAAGUGUAAGAAUUUUUCCCAAAGCUGUUGUCCACUCAAAGAAGGAACUGAGGGAUAUGUUAGAGGUUUUAUUGCUCUGUAUUAUUAUUAUUAUUGUUGUUGUUGUUGCUAUUUUGAUUUCUUGUUGUUAUACAUAGUUUUGGUCCACAUCAUUUUUUCCUUUUCUUCAAAUAUAUUGGAUUUUUUUCCAUAGGUUGUGAAGUAAUAUUGAGCAAUUCCUAUAUAUAUAUUGAGCUUUUAUGGUUAUUUGUUGUAGCCAGCCCUAAUUAAUAUGUUGAGGAUCUAUAGUUGACCUUAUAAUUUUGAGACUAAGGCUUUGUUAUUGUGGUAGUGGUGACUUUGACUUAGAAUUUGUUUUUUGUUUUACAAGGAGGGGAACGUAAUGGCUGAUUAUAUUAAAAGAGGCAAAAAAAAAAAAAAAAAAAUUAAGCAUAAUUGAGAGUCCAAUAGAUGUGGGUGACCAACUAUGGAGACUUGUUGGUGGAAUGAGAUGGUUCGUGUGCCCCUAUUUCUAAAAGGACUUGUUCAUCAUGGGGCUCUCUUGCCGCUAAAGUGGGCCGGACCCACAGCAUAAAUAUCUUUGAAUUUUCUUAGUAGUUGGGUGUGUGUAACAAAACUCUUGAUAAUGAUUAAUGGACCGGCGUACGGGUUAAUCUUUGUUAACGCAAUCUGAAAUUGAGAGAAAAAGAUGGUUGAGUUAUAUCAUUUGAAACUAGAGCAUUAUGACUUUGAACUUGGAUUUUUCAAAGAAUACUCUUUGUCGCAUAUAUAAAGUCCAAGGUAACUGCACAAGGUCAGAGUACACAAAUCAUGAACGUAGUCAAUAUGAAGACAAUGAACCAAUCAACCUUCUAUGAAAGAUCAACUGCAGAACUUCCUUUUUCCUCUUGUAAAGCACAAAUCAAGCAGCCUAUAAAAGAAAAUUGCAACUAAUAAAUAGAAGUUGAAAAAAAAAGUUGUAAAGAUUGAACAUGAUGGGCUUAAGGUUCUACUUGUGUUUCUUGGUUUUGUUUACAACCCUUUUCAUCUCAACCCACAGCCUUGGUCACCUUUGCCUGCCAGAAGAACAUGUUGCCUUAUUCAUCUUUGGAGAUUCAUUAUUUGAUGCUGGAAAUAAUAAUUAUAUCAACACCACAACUGAUUACCAAGCAAAUUAUGAGCCAUAUGGGAAGAACUUUUUCAAGUACUCUUCUGGGAGAUAUUCCGAUGGCCGUAUAAUUCCAGAUUUUAUUGCUGAGUUUGCAAAGUUGUCAUUCAUUACACCAUAUCUACAUCCUGGUUACCAUCAAUAUACUGAUGGGGCAAACUUCGCAUCCGCUGGAGCCGGUGCUCUUGUUGAAACUCGCCAAGGAAUGGUGAUCGACCUAAAAACUCAAUUAAGUUAUUUCAAGAACUUCGAGAGGCUGUUGAGCGAAAAACUUGAUGAUGCAGAAGCUAAGACAUUAUUGUCCAGAGCUGUAUACUUAAUUAACAUUGGAGCUAAUGAUUAUGUAGUCCCUUUCACGAGGAAUUCCAGCAUCUUUCAAUCCUAUUCUCAAAAAGAAUAUGUAGACAUGGUGAUCGGCAAUUUGACAUUUGUGAUCAAGGAAAUAUAUAAGGAAGGAGGAAGAAAAUUUGGGUUUCUAAACUUGGCGCCAUUGGGUUGUCUUCCAUUGGGAAGAGCACUAAAUUCAGGAAAGACAAAUGAAUGCAAGCAUGAACUGACAGCCCUAGCAAAACUGCAUAAUAAAGCACUUACCGAAGUUCUCCAUAAUCUAGAGAACGAGCUCAAUGGAUUUAGAUAUUCAAUAGCCGAUACCUACACUAUUCUUAGUGAAAGAAUAAAUAAUCCUUUGAAAUAUGGUUUUAAGGAAGGGUAUAUUGCAUGUUGUGGAAUUGGACCGUACAAAGGAAUUAAUAGUUGUGGAGGAAAGAGAUCAGUUAAAGAGUACGAAUUAUGUGAGAAUGCUAGUGAAUAUGUGUUCUUUGACACUGUUCAUCCCUCAGAAAAAGCCAACCAGCAAUUCGCAGAGCUAAUGUGGAGUGGAACUCCCAAUGUUACAGGACCUUAUAAUCUCAAAGCAUUGUUUGAACACAAAUGAAUGUAGAUUUCAUAAGCAUUGAGUGAAUCAUAAAUGUUAUUAUUUAUUUAUUUAUUUUUUAUUUUUUGAAAAUCAAGUUAUUAUUAGAAUUUAAAUAUAUAUAAAAAAGUCAUUAAGCAUGGAUUUUCGUCAUAAAUGUUAUUAUUAAAAUUUAAAUAAUAAAAAGUAAUUAAGCAUGUAUCUUUGUCACUA